GUCAGAACAAGCAGAGGCACAGCGUCAGCAAUACAGAGAAGAGCAGCGAAAGAGACAAGCAGAUUCAGAGUGCCAAAUUGUGAAGAGCGAGGCUAAGAGAGAAAUACAGUGGUUUGGAAGAGUUUGAAUUUGAAUUUCAGGGGGAAACACAUGAUAGCGUAUAGAGAGAGAAAGAGCAAGAGAGAGAGAGGAAGAGAGAGCGAGGGAGAGAGAGAGAGAGAGACAUACACACACACUAAGGGGUGUGUCACAGCAAUUUAGUUCCUCAAGGAAGUACAACUCAACAUUAUCUUAAGAAAAGGGUGGCAAGCACUGACAGAAGCGCUGCAGGAGGGCUCUUUUUAGGUUUUGGUUCUGUUCGUAGUUAAGAUGAAGGGAUCCCAUUAAAUUGACCAGCCUGUGCUGUCAACUUGAUACACAGAGCAGAGGGAGACAUCUGACACAGACAAGGAGGGAGGGGGACUCAGCACGCACACACAGGCACAAUGGAUGCGUUCAAUGCCAAGGACAUGGCCAUGAAGGCACAGAAGAAGAUCCUCAGCAGCAUGGCCACAAAAAGCUCUGUACAAAUGUUCAUUGAUGACACCACCAGUGAGAUCCUAGAUGAACUGUACCGGGUCUCCAGAGACUACUUGGGAAAUAAAUCAGAGGCUCAGAAAGUCAUCAAAGACCUCAUCAAGAUUGCAGUCAAGAUCGGCGUCCUUUUCAGGAACAACCGCUUCAGCACAGAAGAGCUGGCAGUGGCCCAAGACUUUAAGAAGAAGCUCCACCAGGGAGCAAUGACAGCUAUCAGUUUCUAUGAGGUGGACUUUACCUUUGAAAAAACAGUGAUGGCAGACAUCCUGACCAGCUGCAGGGAUCUGCUGCUGAAACUGGUCAACACCCACCUCACCACUAAAUCUCAUGGUCGCAUCAACCAUGUCUUCAACCAUUACUCCGACCCACAGCUCCUGACCCAACUGUACAACCCUGAUGGGCCCUUCAGACCCAACCUCACCAAGAUCUGUAAAGGACUGAAUAAACUAGUGGAAGAUGGGACAAUAUGACAUCAGAACUAAAUUUCAGACAGACACUGGGAGAUCAACAGACAGACUCAACUAGGACUCUGAACUGCUUGUUUUUCUGUUACUGAGGACUGGCAACAUAAAACAAGUCAUUUGAGAACCAACCUGCUUUCCCAUAGUUCUCAAAGAACAUGUGGGAUACAAAUAAAGCUUUGUGGAGUCAUUCAAGUUUUUGAUAUUUUGGGGCCAUAAAUAUAUAUUAUGUAAGUGAUGCUAAUUUUCUAUUCAGACAGUGUCCAAAGAAAACAAACUUGAAAUUAAACAGAUAUAUUCUGCAUUGAUUAUUUUACUAGCAUACAAAAUAUCAUCUAAUAUUUGUGACUUUGAAAUGUAUUAUUCAGAACUACUGAUAUUAUGCAUUAUAAUCACUGAUAUGAAUCAGCUGGACAGAUGCAUAAGCAAAUUAGGCCUGGGAACAGUACCACUAUAGUACACCACUGCCAUCUGGUGGUUAAGAUGAUGCUUCUGCAGCAACAAACUGUAUUUACUGAGGUGUCCAGACAACAAUCAAGCCAAAAAUAAAGAUAAUGACCCCAGAGUGCACAA